GUGGAAGGCAAUUUCAAGAUUUACGAAUUUUGGACCUCUAUUUCUUCGUUGCAAUAGAUUGUAAUUGAAUCGGUUACUCAUUCGAGGUUUCAUAUUCCACAAUGUCUCUGCCCAACGUCUCCUCCGAUCUCCUCUGGCAGGUCGCCCGUUCCCAGAAUGCCUACCUCGUGAAGCGCAAGGACGCUGGAGGCGUUCAGUUCUCUCGCGACCCCUACAACCUGGCGAACAAGAACACGUGGAAGCACGCUGGUUUCGUCAACAACAAGGCCCUGGGCAUCGUUGCCAAUGAGAAGGGAGGCGUUCAGUUGAUUAGCAAGAGGGCCGCACACGGCCAGCAGCCGGCCAAGAACCAGCAGACUGUUGCCUAUCGCAGCAACAAGUCCGCCCGGAAGACCUACAAGGCAGUUGCCAACCAGGCGGCCAAGUCCCACUACCGCCCCGACCUCCGUGAGACUGCCGUUGCCCGUGCCAGUGCCAUCCUCCGAUCUCAGAGACCCGUCAAGCCCGAGCCGGAGAGGAAGUUGAGGGGAAAUGCGGCGAAGAAGGCCGCUGAGCAGAGUGCAUAAGCUUGGCCAUGUGAGCUAGGAUAAGGACUGGCCCUACGACCGAUCAAAAGAACUCGAUUAGAAGUUGUUUGCGAGCGAGUGGACGGCACAUGGGGCGGGCUGGACGGGCAAUCUCGCAUCUAGGGCUACCUCCGGCGUUUGAUAUCCAAAGAAUCAAUCCAUGAACAAGCAACUAUGAGGACCGA